AUGUCCAUUCCAGCGGAGGUGCUACAGAGCCUUACUACUGUUUUCACCAAUGCGCUAAAAGCAGCAGUUCAGGAAGUUUCAGCAGCAGCAGCCGGCGGUGCCAAUGCAGCACAAGAAGGAGACUCAAAACCAGCAGCUUUCGCAAUCGGAGAAUUCAAGACAUCGGACGGUUCAUCAGUGGAGGACUAUUUCAAGCGUUUCGACUGGGCGCUCAACCUCAGCAGAAUCCGGGAGGCGGACCAUGCCGCAUAUGCUCGCGUUCAUAUGGGAAUUGAACUGAACAACGCACUCAAAUUUCUCGUCAGCCCAAGGCAACCGGAGGAUUUGACAUACGCUGCGAUAAAAACAACAUUGGUGGAACACUUCAACCGGCCGAAAAAUAAGUAUGCUGAAAGCAUUAAAUUUCGCCAACUGCGCCAGGAGCCGGAAGAGAGUAUUGCGAGUUUUGCUUUGCGACUACGACAGACUGCUGCUCAUUGCGAAUACGGAGAUUUUUUGGACCGUAUGCUCAUCGAACAGUUACUCUUUGGCUUGGAAUCUCGCGGAAUGUGCGAUGAAAUUAUUGCGAAAAACCCGGAGACGUUUGACUACAAGGUUGCGCACACAAUGGAAGCUACACACAAGACAUCUGUAGAAGUGACAACGGAUCCGGCCGGAACGACAAUAACAACAAACAAGUUGGGUUAUGUGUCAACGGGUGUAAAGAAAGGAAGCUUUCGUCAAGGCUCGAGCAACCAGGAUCGUGCUCCAACAUGCCAUGGCUGUGGAGGCCGCCAUGAGCGAAAAUACUGCAAAUUCCGGGAUGCGGUUUGUUUUGCUUGCAACAGAAAGGGACAUUUGUCGAAGGUAUGUAGAUCGAAGACGGCUCAAGUCAAGGAAGAACUGUCUCCAUUAUCGGAUGAGGGAUCCGAUUACGCCGAUCACACGGAGGCUUUGCAGAAAGUUGAUGUCAUCUCGUCAGUUGAACCUCUGGACAGGAAGAUGCUAGAAGUUCAGAUUGAUGGAAAGGCUGUGAAGAUGGAAUUAGACACAGGGGCGCCGUGUGCAAUCGUGAGCCUGUGUACGCUUCGCAAGAUCAAAGUUAGUUUUCGCCUGCACAAAUCGGAAAGACAGUUUGCCAGUUACACGCGGCAUAGAAUCCACUGCAUCGGCCGCUUGCCAGUGAAUGUUACGUUGGGUAGGACCUCCCGGCGUCUAGACUUGUACGUCGUAGACGGAGAUUUCGAUUCACUCUUCGGUAGAGAAUGGAUUGCGCAAUUUGCAUACGACAUUGACUUUGUGCAGUUGUUUGGCACGGAUGAGCAAGUGAACACACUUACCGCAGCGGAACCAGUAAUCACCAAGCAACAGCAGCAACGGCUGUCGCAUCUCAUCUCACGUUUCGAUGGUGUAUUCGGCGAGACUGCUGGCAAGCUGGCUGGCCCUCCGGCUACUCUACAUCUGAAACCAGGAGCAUCUCCAGUCUUCUCAAAGGCACGGGAAAUUCCAUUCGCUUUACGAGAUGCGUACGCCAGAGAAAUAGACAAGAAAAUUUCAUCCGGUCUUUACAAGCGUGUGGAAUCAUCUGAAUGGGCAUCUACUACUCACGUCGUCGCCAAGAAGAAUGGAACGAUUCGGAUUACAGGUAACUACAAGCCAACUUUGAAUGCCCGAAUGAUAAUUGAUGAGCAUCCAAUUCCCCGUGCAAACUAUCUUUUUCACAAAAUGAAAGGUGCGGCGGUUUUCUGUCAUCUCGAUAUAACCGAUGCGUAUUCCCAUUUGACGGUUGACGAUGAUUUUGGUCAUGCUCUAACGCUGAAUACACCUACACACGGAUUGAUUCGACCCACACGAGCUGUAUAUGGUGCUGCCAAUAUUCCUGCAAUUUGGCAACGGCGAAUGGAAACGGUUCUACAAGGACUUUCGAAUGUUGUGAAUUUUUACGACGACAUUUUGAUACAUGCGGCAAGCUUCGAGGAGAUGUUGGAUGUGCUAGAGAAAACGUUGGAGCGGCUGUGA